CCCAGCAGCCUAGUAGCCACGUUAGCCUAGUCAGUAACCUGGAGCUGGCCAGUGUUUUACAACUAGCCGGCGGGGUCGGACGCUAAUAGGCAGUGGAGACGUGUCGUUUUAUUUAUUUUAUUUUUAUUUUUUUUACUACCAGACAAAGCCGCUUAAGAACUGGCUAACAUUGCGUGUGGCGACAUCAGCGGAGAUGUGUAACAGGCUACACUGGCCACCGAGGAGCUACCUGGCUGGCCAGGCUACCCACUGACAGCUGUCACCUAGCUGCUUAGCUUGGGGCUAGCUAGGGGAGCUAGCUAGGGGAGCUAGCUAGGUGAGCUAGCUAGGUGAGCUAGCUAGGGGAGCUAGCGGCCAACCGGGGAUUUCUGUGAGGCUCGCAGCCAGGCUAAUUUGGUCGGCCCGGUGUUGGUGUCGGUUCAGCCAGAAAAAAAGCGAUGACUUCUUGAAUAUUUGACUCCGCCUCUCGGUCAAAUCAUGAAUUUAGCAGAGGAGCUUCGGACAGCGGUGUUUGGCAUUAUUUCAAACUAAUUCCCCUAAGUGUUUUGCUUUUUUUUUUAAGUUUCAAGAUAGCUCAUUGCUUUCAUUAAGGUAUUUAAAAGCUACUGUUGAGGAAACAACGCCGGUUCCUUCGUGGGUGGGGACUGACUUUAACUUACUGCAGCCGCUGUUUCGACGCCGAAACAUUUUUUUUUUCUUUUUUCUUUUUGGACUUGGGCCUACUCUGGAUAGCGUCUGGGCGAGAUGAAGAAAUUCUUUGACUCUCGGCGAGACUUUGCGGGCUCCGGGCCUGGUUCUGGAGCCGGUGGAGGAGGCGCUGGCUCCGGCGGCGGCGGCAGCUUUGUUGGACGGGUCUUCAGCAUCGGGAGAUAUCAAGUGACUGUCGAGGAAAUUGUCGCCGAAGGAGGUUUUGCGAUUGUGUUUCUGGUGCGAACUCAUCAAGGUCAGCGUUGUGCUCUAAAAAGAAUGUAUGUCAACAACGAACAUGAUCUCAGGAUCUGCAAGCUUGAGAUACAAAUUAUGAGAGACUUGGUAGGCAACAAAAACAUAGUGGGUUUCCUGGACUCCAGCAUAGCUGCUGUGGGAGCUGGUGAUGUGUGGGAAGUCUUAAUCUUAAUGGACUUCUGCCGAGGUGGGCAAGUGGUAAACUUAAUGAACCAACGACUACAGACAGGCUUCAGUGAAGCUGAGGUGCUGAGGAUCUUUUGUGACACAUGUGAAGCAGUCGCUCGGCUUCAUCAGAGUAAAACUCCCAUCAUCCAUCGGGAUCUCAAGGUGGAAAAUAUUCUCCUGCACGAUCAGGGGCACUAUGUGCUCUGUGAUUUUGGAAGCGCCACAAACAAUUUCCAGAAUCCACAAACCGAAGGAGUUGCUGUCGUAGAAGAGGAAAUUAAAAAAUACACCACCCUGUCAUACCGUGCCCCAGAGAUGGUUAACCUUUACGGUGGGAAAAUUAUCACAACAAAGGCAGAUAUUUGGGCUUUAGGUUGUCUACUCUAUAAGCUGUGCUUCUUCACCCUUCCCUUUGGUGAGAGCCAAGUGGCUAUCUGUGAUGGUAGCUUCACCAUCCCGGACAAUUCUCGUUACUCCCAGGAAAUGCAUUGUCUCAUCAGAUACAUGCUGGAACCCGAUCCUGACAGGAGACCAGAUAUUUACCAAGUGUCCUACUUUGCCUUUAAACUGGCGCGACAGGAGUGUCCCGUCCCAAAUGUGCACAAUUCCCAGAUUCCUUCCAAACUUCCUGAGCCCAUCCGAGCCAGUGAAGCAGUGGCCAAAAAGAGUCAAACCAAAGCCAGGCUGACAGACCCAGUUCCAACUACAGAAACCUCUAUUGCACCUCGACAGCGACCCAAAGCUGGCCAGGCACAGUCACAGCCUUUAACAGGGAUCCUUCCCAUCCAACCAGCUCUCACCCCACGCAAGAGGCCUAAUGUGACCACAGGCACACCGCCAGCUUUCGCGGUUGGCAUUAAUGCCUCGGCUGCAGCUGCUGUUCAACCUGCUCAACAGGCUCCAACUGUACCGGCUGCUCCUCAGUCAGCGCAGACACAUCCGCAGCUCCUCAUGAAGACGCAGCAAGCCUCGCCCUUCCUAAAGGCCCACAACAACCAGCAGACCCUGCAGCAGCAGCAGCAGCAAACACCCUCCCAUGCAUCUACUGUGCUGCAGUCCAAAGCUAAACCUGUUCCCCCAGUUUCUACCCUGCAACUUCAGCAGCAGCAUGUAGUCCUUGAAACAGCAGCACCUCAUCUUGCACCCAUCCCUGAGUCUGCAGUCAUUGCUCCUACAGCCGUGACUCCAGGCAGAGAGGGCCACAAAGCCAGCUCUCUGACGCCCCCUUCAUCGCCAAAGAUGGCCCCGAAAAGCGGCCACAGACGCAUCCUGAGCGACGUCACCCACAGCACCAUCUUUGGGGUCCCAGUCAGCAAAUCCACCCAGCUGCUUCAGGCCGCCGCAGCUGAGGCCAGCCUCAACAAGUCCAAAUCAGCCAGCACCACUCCUUCGGGCUCCCCCUGCUCAUCCCAGCAGAACGUGUAUCAUCCAGGUGGGCCCGACGCUCCGUCGGCGCCUUCAGCACCAAACGCUCAGCCUGGCUGGAACCCCUUUGGAGACGAUAAUUUCUCCAAGCUAACAGCUGAGGAGCUGCUCAACAAAGACUUUGCGAAGCUGUCUGAGUCUGCUCAGGCCGGAGAAAUAGACCUCACUUCUGGUGACAGUCUCAUUCCAGAGCUCGGUGCUUUUCCAGCAAAGGCUGAGGUGUGUGUGGAUUCCUUGAUUCCUGGUUUGGAAGCUCCUCAGCCUCAGCACCACUCAGGCCAGCCUGAACGUAUCGCUGCCAGCAUGCCAGAUUCUUUCGCUGGAGAGACGUCUCUGCUGGGUUGCGAUUUGUUAGCUCAUGCCUCUGGUGGAAGCCAGCUUAUAUCUGCACUUCCUUCCUCCUUCUCCUCUGGCUCCUCUGGCUGUGGCUCCAGAUCCUGUCUGGAGGAGCUGCAACCCGGCCAGACUGCCGACGCCUCUUUCCUCUUGUCCGGUGGGAAAAAGGGCAACGAUGAUGAGUUUGACCCUAUCCCUGUGCUCAUUCCCAAAAACUCAAAUCAAGGUGGUCACUCUCACAGCAACAGUGGCAGUUCAGAGUCCAGCAUCCCCAACUUGGCGCGCUCCCUUCUGCUGGUGGAUCAGCUCAUCGACCUCUAGAGGGGUGGGAGAGGUCGAAGGGGCAGAGUGCAAUCCUAAAAACAAAAACAGGGUGUUGGGGAGGGGGGGGGACACAAAGAUGGGCGAAAGAGGCACUUACUGUAGCAUCCUUUGAAGUGAGGAAAAGCCAGCAUUGAUUGGUUCAGUAGAGCCGUUCUGUUUGUGCCUCCUUGGCCUCAACUCCAUCUCUAGCAGCGUGAUAAGCUGGUUUCAUGCAUCUCUGCUGGCUGUUGACAUUUCCAUGCUGGGAGUUUUUACAUUUUUUUUUUUUUUUUUUUGUUUUGUUAAUGCCUGAGCAUAUCGUCUGCUUCUGUCCUGGCUUCACAUUGGUCUUUUUUUCUUUUUUUUUUUCCAUGCUUCCUUGUUCUUGCAGUAAUGUCCCUCAUUGGUUUUUACACCCAUGGUGAUCAACUUUCAACGUGUGCACUGGUUGAUCACAGCUCCUUUGUGCUUAUGUUUUGAUUUUUGUGAUAAUGGGUGAACCUUAAAUGAGAAACGGGAACAUUUAUGCGCGUUAAGGGGUUGUUGGAAAAAGUGAGAACUGAGAAUAAUGUAGACCUUUUGAAUAUCAUGAUGCAGGAAAGAUUUGGACUGAUACUAUGGAUCAAACAAAGAUGGGACCUUAAGGAACCAUUUAGCCGUUUUCUGCUGCACAGAUUGAACCAGGUUUUGGAGCAGUUUAAAGAAUCUGUUUUGGUUGACUUUGACCAAUGUCUCUCAGCCUUUUGUGGUUAAUUGAGGCGAAUUAGACCGUCCUGUUCAAUUAGCUUCAAUGCGAUUACAAAGCAUGUUGUUUGAAAUUUAAACAUGUUUAGUCCUGUGCUACUAUUCCCAUGUUGAUCUUAAACACUAGGUUAGAUUAGUGUCUUGCUAAAGUAUUGAUAUACCUUAAAUAUAUCCACAUUUAUUCCCAUUGCAAACACAACCUUGUGUAUUUUUAGGGGGAUUUUACUUUAUUGACCAAAACAAAGCUGCACAUAAUUCUCAAGUAAAACCAAAUGGAUUCAUGGUUUGUUUCUUAAGAAUAAAAUCUGAAAAGUUGUAGAAUCAGAAGUAAUCAAAUUAUUGAAUUGAGACAUUCAGAUGGACACCUGUUAUGCAAAAGCCUCCAAGGUUAAAAGCCACAUAAUUUUCAAAAAAAUACAAAUUUUCCUUUGCCUUUAGAAUCACUCCCUACUUUGUGUUGGUUCAUGACAUAAAAUCCCAGCAAAAUACAAAGAUGCUUGUGGUGUUAAUGUCAGAAUGUGGUAGAAAUGCUUUUGCAAAGUACUGUAUAAGUAGGUGUAUAUGGAGUCCCUUUUCUGAAUAAUAUAAAAGGUGUUAAAGAGUUUAAAACUGCAGCAAUGAUGGUUUACACUAUGAAACGCCUGAACUCUGUAUGGCUGAUUAGUUUGAUGCUCUUCUGAUCAGCAUUUUUCCACAACCCUUCAUUGGGAGUAUUAAUCUCACUGGUGCAGUUUUAUUUGCAUUUUUGGUUUCUAACUCCUCAAACUCUCAAUGAAUUGAACUGUAGCCAUACCAAAGCGAAAUGAGAUUGUACGCCUGCUGUUUGCGAUGUUUCAUUGUGCUCUCAGGCCCGAAAUGAGUGAGCAGAUUUUUUUUUUACGGUGCUUCAUCAUUACAUCGAAGGAGGUAUAGUGUGUUUAUUUAUUUUUUCUUUUGGGGCUACUAUCUUCACUAAGAUGACAUACUCACUUCAAGGUACAAGUAGGUAUGUGGGAACUAAGUCAGCUAAUAUGACAAAUUUCUGUGCAUAAAAUCCUAAUUAUUUCUCCAAUUUAUUCUUUUUAGUGCUUAGAGUACUAGUUUUUUUUUAUUGUAUACUAUUUGAAGCCAUAUUAUCUGUCAUAGUAUGACUAUUAUAGCAAUUUAGGAAAAUUGUAUGAACGGAGUCCUAUCAUUUAAAAUGUAAACAAUAUAUAUAGAUAAAACACUGCAUUGAAUUGAACUUGUGAAUAAAGUGUAUAUAGGGGAGUAAACGACGACCAGCUUGUUCAAAGUUCCCUGAUUUUUUUUUUCUCUCCAUUCAUGCCAACCAUUCAGCCAGAGCUUUUGUUUUGGAUGCACUCAGUACAUAAAACGCUGUGUUUCUGAUGUGUCUGAAUCAUAUUUUUAGCUUUCUUCCCAUUGUACCACUAAUAUGUUACUGUUGUUGGUGAUGCUAGAUUGUUGUUGUUUUGUUUUUUUAUAAAAGAUGUAAAGAUGGAAGGUUCUUCACGCUAUCUCUGGCCAUCCUUGAUCCCUCAUGGCUGCCCGUUUUUAUUCAUCAAGUUAUGAGAAGGAUCUAGAUGGCAGCUGUAUAAAAACUCUCAUUACAUUUAAUGACAAUCAUUGCACUUGAUUUUGUGUUACAUGUAAAAAUCUCACCAAGUUCGGCUCUGAAUCGUGGAUCUUACUUUGUCAAGGACGUUUAACUGCAUUGCUGUACAUGCUUAGCUUAUUUCUAAGCAUAAUUUAUCCUGCAUUUAACUGAGAACUGCAUAUUUCCUUCUGUGUUGGCAUCUCUGCUACAGUAAACGGUUUAUGCCUAAAUCUC